AUGUACCACUUAGGGCAAGGCGACCCCGAACCAGAUAUUAAUCCAGAUAAAUUCACCCUGUAUGAUUUUAAAUUUUGCCCCUUCUGUCAACGGGUUCGCUACACUCUUGAUUAUCACAAAAUUCCAUAUGACCGAGUCCUCAUAAAUUUGAUAAAUAAGCCAGACUGGUAUUUGCGUCUACAUCCAAGUGGAAAAACUCCGUUUCUGCGGUAUCGCGGGGAAAAACUCGCUGAAUCAGACAUGAUUAUACGUUUUGUUGACCAAUUCAAAGGAGAUCCAGAGACUAGUCUUCUUAGUAUUUGUGGCGAGGAUGCGUUUAAGAACGCUUUAUCUCUUUCUAUGGCCUUUACUCAGCCUCGUUUCAAGAUAGUCUACUUGGACCCUUCAGUCUCUGAUGUUGAUGAUCUUCUUGAUGCUUGCAGUAAAAUUGAUGCUGCUGUUGUUGGCCCAUAUUUCUGUGGCGACAAAUUAAGCCUUGCAGAUAUGGCUCUGGCGCCUUUCCUGAAUGGCUGGGAGUGUGUUCUUCAACGCAUUGCUUCUCUCACCUCAGAUGUCACAGGAGCCAGUAUCGCCUCCUCGUACCCCAAAUUCACCGCCUAUCGUGAAUUGAUGGAGGAGCAGCCAUUUGCUAAGGCCACAGGAUUCACUGCAGACGAGUACGCCAAGUUUGUGGAAAUCUACCGCAAUAAGGACAUCUCAGCUCGCUACUGA